GAAGGUUUAACUCACCUGUGGUUACCAAAGAAACAGAAACAUUGCCAUCUAGUGGAGGAAAACUUCACAAACAAGGAAAUGAAGCUUAAACAAACUGAAACUAUUCUGACUUUGUUACCUGAACUCAGACGCCAUUAAAGCCGUGAAAAUCUCUGCUGGAAAAACAACGAUUUUUGGAAUAUUUUCAGCCUGUAGUUCAAGACAGAAGCUGGUGAGUCCUGAGACUGAAAGACUUUGGCUAGAAAUGGCUGAGAGAGCUGAUCUUCUUGAAUUCCUGAACUGUCACAUUUGUUCAGAGACUUUCAAUGAUCCUGUAACUCUGAGCUGCAACCACAACUUCUGUUCAAGCUGCCUGCAGAAGUUCUGGGAACAAACUCCGAACAAAAACUGUCCCAUCUGCAAAAGAAAAUCAUCUAAAGAUGUUCCUGGUGUGAACUUCAGCCUGAAGAAACUUGCUGACUCGUUUGCUGGAAGACAGAAAUCUGAAUCAUCAGAGACAAAAACAGGAGAGCAGAAGAUCAUGGAGGUCUGCAGGAAACAUUCAGGAGAAACCAAUCUGUUCUGUAAAGACGAGCAGAAAGCUUUUUGUUCUGUCUGUGAGUUUUCUCAGCACCAGAGUCACAAAGUGGUUCCUGUAGAAGAAGCAGUCAGAGAGCUGAAGGAGGAGCUGAAAUCUGACUUAGAGUCUCUGCAGGACAAGAGGAUGAAAUACAAAGAAGUGGAGGAAACGUACAAUCAGAUGAUUCAACACUCCAAGAAGCAGCUGCUGUCCACAGAGACACAGAUCAGAGCAGAGUUCAACAAGCUCCACCAGUUCCUGAAGGAGGAAGAGGAGUCCAGACUGGCAGCUCUGAGGGAGGAAGAGGAGCAGAAGAGGAAGGCUGUGAGCAGAGAGAUGAAGAGGAUCCAGGAGCAGAUGUCCUCUCUGUCAGAAAGUAUCAGUGCUGUUGAAGCAGAGCUGCAGAAAGACAAGGAGGCGUUCCUCAGCAGUUCUAAAGACACUCAGAGCAGAGCCAGAGCCCAGAGCUCGCGGUCAGACCCACAGCUGCUCUCAGGAGCUCUGAUAGAUGUGGCCAAACAUGUGGGCAACCUGUCCUUCAGAGUCUGGGAGAAGAUGAAGGAGAAGGUCCACUUCAGUCCCGUCCUCCUGGACCCAAACACUGCAAGCAGAUUCCUUUAUCUGUCUGAUGAUCUGACCAGUGUGAGACGAGGAGAAACUGCUCAGCAGCUUCCUGACAAUCCAGAGAGAAACGUGAAUUAUACUAAUGUUUUUGGUUCUGAAGGAUUCAGAUCAGGGAAACACAGCUGGGAGGUGGAGGUGGGAAAUCAUCCUCACUGGAACAUUGGUGUGGUUAAAGAGUCUGUUAACAGGAAGGGAGAGAGGUUUGCUUCUCCAGAAUAUGGAAUCUGGUGUUUAUUACACCAUAAUGGAAAAUACACAAACUGUGUUGGUCAGACUGUCACUGUGACCAAGAGUCUCCAGAAGAUCAGAGUCCAGCUGGACUAUGACAAGGGAGAGGUGUCCUUCUACAACCCUGAAGACAUGACUCACAUCUACACUCACAAAGACACUUUCACUGAGAAACUUUUACCAUAUUUUACUGUAUGUAACUCUAGAGAUGCAAAAACUUCUGAACUCCAAAUCUGUCCGACUGACUGAGAUGAUUUGACUCUUUUGUCAUAAAAAAAUAACAGAUUUUCUUUUCAUCACAAUGAUCA